AUGGACCUCAGAGCCUCCAUCUCCCUUCUACUGCUGCUGCUGAUUGGCCUGUCAAAGGCUCUGCCUGUCACGAAGGACAAUGAUCAGCAUGACUUUUCCGAAGAUGAGACGGAGGAGGAUUAUGACCUGACAGAGCAGAUUCUGGGAACAAACAAUGCCUCCAAGGAACUUCUACUGGAAGGAGAUCUAGUGGUACCCAAAACCAGGAAUGCCCUGUCCUGCUUCCAAAACCAAUGUCUGUGGAGGAAGUCUGCUGAUGGGACGGUGAAAGUGCCAUACACAAUCAAAAGCUAUUUCUCUACCACUGAAAAGAAUAAAAUGAAAAGGGCCAUGGAAGUGUUCCAUAAAAAGACAUGCAUUCGCUUUGUCCCUCACUCGACAGAGACAGCGUACGUUGCCAUUGAGAGCAGAGAUGGGUGCUUCUCCUACCUAGGCAGGACAGGUCGCAGACAGGUGUUGUCCCUCAACCAGAGAGGCUGUGUUUGGCAUGGUAUCAUUCAGCAUGAGCUUCUUCACGCUCUGGGCUUCCAGCAUGAGCAGUCCAGGAGCGACAGAGACAAGUAUGUAAGGAUCAACUGGCAGUACAUCAGGCCAGAAACCCGUGGCAACUUCGGAAAACGGAACACUAACAACCUGGACAUUUCAUAUGACUACGGCUCUGUAAUGCACUAUGGGAGAUAUGCUUUCACCACCAAGAGGGGAGUGGAGACAAUCACCCCAAUUCCUGAUUCCAGCGUCCAAAUUGGGCAAAGAAGAGGGAUGGCGAAAAGUGACAUUCAAAGGAUCAACAAGCUAUAUCAAUGUUGCAGGUAUGAUCACCACUGA